UUGAAAGCUUCAAGUUUCAAUUUCAUCCGCUUCUUGGUCCUCCAAUACAUACAUACAGUGGACUGUGAACGUGGAUAGGCAUCGUCUUCCGUUUCGAAACUCAUCUGAUACCAGAGGAAAAAGAAAUUCCUCAAUUGGCCAAGAUUACACUUUAUUUUGCACCGCAAGAUUUGGGGCUGGGAGUGAACCUGGUACUAAACACAAGAUAUCUUGCUGGUCACAACUGAGGCGUGCCGGAGGAAAACACGAGAAUCCAUUUCUUUGUACAUAACACAAAAGCCAGCCAGCCGGCUCAAGGCCACCCACACACAAGCCAUGGCCGGCCCAAUAAGGCACGCCAUCGACGUCAAGGCCCUCGAGGCGUACCUGGGUUCCAACGUGCCCGAGAUCCAGACGCCGCUCGAGGUCAAGCAGUUCGGCUACGGGCAGUCGAACCCGACGUACCAGCUGACGGACCGCUCGGGCCGCCGGUACGUGAUGCGCAAGAAGCCCCCGGGAAAGCUGGUGUCGCGGACCGCGCACCAGGUCGAGCGCGAGCACCGCAUCAUCGCCGCCCUGCACGGCCGCCUGCCCGUCCCGAAACCCUACUGCCUGUGCGAGGACGCCGCCGUCGUCGGCACCCCCUUUUACGUCAUGGAGUUUCUCGACGGCCGCAUCUUUGAGGACCCGGCCCUGCCCGGCGUCUCGGCUUCCGACCGGCGCGCCAUGUGGGCCGAUGCGGUCCGCACGCUGGCCGCGCUGCACGCCGUCGAGUUUGCCAAGGUCGGCCUGGGCGACUUCGGCAAGCACGGCGGCUUCUUCGCCAGGCAGCUGCGCACGUGGAGUAAUAUCUGCGCGGCGCAGGCCGCCGUCAAGGACGUCGAGACGGGCGUGGCCGUCGGUGACUUGCCGCACUACCAGGACCUGGUGGGGUUUUUCAGUGAUGAGAAGCUGCGGCCGAGGGAUCGCGUGACGCUGGUUCACGGUGAUUACAAGAUUGACAACUUGAUCUUUCACAAGACGGAGCCGAGGGUGAUCGGUGUGCUCGACUGGGAAAUGUCAACAGUGGGCCACCCCCUCUCUGACCUCGCCAACCUCCUAUACCCAUACGUAUCCGCCCAACAACCGGCAGACGCAUCCGGGGGUCCCAAGGCAUUAUCAGCACACGCCGGGUUCCGACCAGGCGCGACGCCCGGCCUGCCGACUCGCGAAGAGGCCGCCGAGCUCUACCGCCAGGCUUUCCGGGGCUGGUGGCCGAACCCGGCGAGCAUGGAGCCAGAGCUCCGAUGGGCGCAGGCCUUCAACAUGUUCCGCGGCGCGGCCGUCGCGCAGGGCAUCGCGGCCCGCGUCGCCGUCAGGCAGGCUAGCAGCGAGCAGGCCGCCACUUAUGCCAACGCUAGGGGGGCCAUGGCCGACCUCGCUUGGGACAUGGUUGCGCGUGCCAAGGGGGCCAGGGCGAAGAUCUGAAAGGAAAAAAAAGGGGGGAGGGAUCAGAUGUUGCCGGGAUCUGGCCAUGUUCAUGUGUUGUUUUCUUAGCAUGUCCGAGCUUCCAAAGAAAGUUUGCUUCCUCAUGAGGGGACUCCCCUUUUUUGUAAGCUUGCUUGCAUGUGAGGCUUGGUACCUGGAUGCAAACCUACACAGAACAAAAAGUAAGAAAAAUAGACUACCGGCUCAGUGUGUUGAUAACUUGUCAGAAUACUGUGAUCAGUUGCUUUGGAAGAAGAAGAAAAAAACGGACAAAAUAAAUGGUACCACACCCUUGCAUACGUAAACUUUGGCAGGAUACACGACUAGCACGAUGUUUUUGUUCUCGAAAUCCGGCCAAAGAACCCCUGGUCGUUGUUCCAGAC